AGGGGGCGUGGCCUGGAUUGUGGAGGGGGCGGGCCGUGGGGGAGCUGCUUCCGGGUGAGCCCCCCCGCCCCCCACAUGGUCCCUGGGAGACGGGAGCGGGAGACAGCGGUGACAGGCGCAGCGACAGGGAGGCCUUAGGGAGGCAGAGCCUGCAGCCAACAACGCCCCAGGAGCCCUCGGUUCCAACCAACUGAUGCCCCUGUGCCCACUGGCCCAUGCCAUGCAGCCCCAGUCCGUUCUGCACAGCGGCUACUUCCACCCACUGCUUCGGGCCUGGCAGACAGCCACCACCACCCUCAAUGCCUCCAACCUCAUCUACCCCAUCUUUGUCACGCCCUGGGCUUGACCAGGCAGGGAAGCCAGACACUGGAUCCCACCCUCCUCCCACCAUCUCCACUCCCAUAUUUCUUCCCUGCUUCCCAACCAUCCCUCUCAGUUGCCCCCUCACCACUGGCCCUUCCCACAGCCACCAAUCCAUAUCCCACCCCCACUCUUGCAGGGAUGUUCCUGAUGACAUACAGCCUAUCGCCAGCCUCCCAGGAGUGGCCAGGUAUGGUGUGAACCGGCUGGAAGAAAUGCUGAGGCCCUUGGUGGAAGAGGGCCUACGCUGUGUCUUGAUCUUUGGCGUCCCCAGCAGAGUUCCCAAGGACGAGCGGGGUUCCGCAGCUGACUCCGAGGAGUCCCCAGCUAUUGAGGCGAUCCAUCUGUUGAGGAAGACCUUCCCCAACCUCCUGGUGGCCUGUGACAUCUGCCUAUGUCCCUACACCUCCCAUGGUCACUGCGGGCUCCUGAGUGAAAAUGGAGCAUUCCGGGCUGAGGAGAGCCGCCAGCGGCUAGCUGAGGUAGCACUGGCAUAUGCCAAGGCAGGAUGUCAGGUGGUAGCCCCGUCGGACAUGAUGGAUGGACGCGUGGAAGCCAUCAAGGAGGCCCUGAUGGCACAUGGACUUGGCAACAGGGUAUCAGUGAUGAGCUACAGUGCCAAGUUUGCUUCCUGUUUCUAUGGCCCUUUCCGGGAUGCAGCUCAGUCAAGCCCAGCUUUUGGGGACCGCCGCUGCUACCAGCUGCCCCCUGGAGCACGAGGCCUGGCCCUCCGAGCUGUGGACCGGGAUGUACGGGAAGGAGCUGACGUACUCAUGGUGAAGCCGGGAAUGCCCUACCUAGACAUCGUGCGGGAGGUAAAGGACAAGCACCCCGACCUCCCUCUCGCCGUGUACCAUGUCUCUGGAGAGUUUGCCAUGCUGUGGCACGGAGCCCAGGCUGGGGCAUUUGAUCUCAAGGCUGCCGUACUGGAGGCCAUGACUGCCUUCCGCAGAGCAGGUGCUGACAUCAUCAUCACCUACUACACACCCCAGCUGCUGCAGUGGCUGAAGAAGGAAUGACGGAGACAGUGCAGGCCUGAGAACUAGAACUUUAAAAUGUUCCCGGGGCCUCAGAGAAGUGAAAACCAAAGUAAAUCCUGCUUUUAGAACUGUG